CGGAAAGGAUUAGGCCGGAAGAUGUGAAGGUGGCUAGUAUUCGAGACUGGCCACGACCUCAGACUGUCACUGAGGUCAGAUCUUUCUUAGGAAUGUGCGGCUUCUAUAGGAACUUCGUAAAGAACUAUUCUACAGUCGCCUCUCCUUUGACAGAUCUAACUCGACUUGACACGCUGUGGGACUGGAGUGAUGAGUGUGAGGGUAAUAUCAAGCGAUUGAAGCAUGCACUCAUGAAUCAUGAGGCUCUCAUGGUGCCCGAUCCUCAGAAGCCAUUCAUAGUGACCACUGACGCAAGCCAAUACGACAUUGGCGCAGUGCUGGCUCAGCAGGAUGGGAAAAAGUUGAGACCGAUUGAGUACAUGAGCAAGAAGAUGCCAUCGAAGAAACUGGCAAAGUCCACCUAUGAAAGGGAACUCUAUGCUCUUUACAAAGCACUUGUCCAUUGGAGAUACUUCCUAUUGGGAAGGUUCUUCUACUUGAGGACUGAUCAUCAGACCCUCAAAUGGAUCAAGACUCAACCGGCUCUUUCUGACGCACUCAAGCGAUGGAUUGAAGUCAUGGACCAAUAUGACUUCAAGCUUGAGUAUCUGAAGGGAGAGUACAACAAGGUUGCAGAUGCGUUAUCACGUAGGGCAGACUACCUAGGUGCGCUAGUUUCUGACUUUGGUGUAUCUGAAGAAGUAACUCAAUCGUUGGUGGGAGCCUAUCAGGAAGACCCUGUCACGAUGGACAUCAUUCGCAAACUUCAGGUGAAAGACAAGGCCACAGAGAAUGAGUUUGUGAUGGUGGACGGGCUACUCUAUCUUGAUAAGGCCGGAGUUAAAAGCAAUGAAGAGAAUGAGGAAAAGGAGGUGAAAGAGGAGGACAAGGAGGAGGAGGAGGAGGAGGAGGAGGAGGAGGAGGAGGAAGAGGAGGAGGAGGAGGAGGAGGAGGUGGUGAGUGUCACAUACCUGUUGUCAUAAAGGCAUGUCGCAGACCCAAGGAUCUGCAGAGUGGAGAGCAACAACAAUACAAUGCAGCUGAAGCCUGAAAUCAACGGGUCUUACUCAU